AUGGCCCUCCGUGCCGGACUGGUCCUGGGACUGCACACCCUGAGGAUCCUCCUGAGCCCGAAGGAAGCAGGUGCCAUCCCCGCUGACCACAUGGGCUCCUACGGACCAGCCUUCUACCAGUCUUAUGAUGCCUCGGGCCAGUUCACCUAUGAGUUCGAUGGGGAGCAGUUGCUGUCUGUGGACCUGAAGGGAAAGGAGGCGGUGUGGCGUCUGCCUGAGUUUGGCGACUUGGCCCGCUUUGACCCACAGGGCGGGCUGGCUGGCAUCGCCAUGAUCCAGAUGCAUCUAGAUGUCUUGGUGGAACGCUCCAACCGCACGAGAGCCACCAGUGUGCACCCAAGGGUGACCGUCUUCCCCAAGUCUCCAGUGGAGCUGGGCCGGCCCAACACCCUCAUCUGCGUCGUGGACAACAUCUUCCCCCCGGUGAUCAACAUCAGCUGGCUGCGCAAUGGCGAGACGGUCACCUGGGGGGUGACCCAGACCAGCUUCUACUCCCGGCCCGACCACUUGUUCCGCAAGUUCCACUACCUGACAUUCGUGCCCUCGGCCGAGGACGUCUACGACUGCAGGGUGGAGCACUGGGGCCUGGACGCGCCGCUCCUCACGCACUGGGAGCCACAGGUGCCCACCCCACUGCCGGACACCAUGGAGACCCUGGUCUGUGUGUUGGGCCUCGCCUUCGGCCUGUUGGGCUUCCUCAUGGGCACCAUCCUCAUCGUCACUGGCACACGCAUGUCCAGAGCUGCCCCUAGGUCAUGACCUUCCCAAGAGAAACAGACUGUGGGAGGCCCUGACAGACCCCUUGUGGUUCACGACAGCCCUGGCAUCCGCUGAGCGCGUGCCCUCCACGCUGUGCUGGCUUUGAGUGGGAACCACCUUUGCUUCUGCCCCAGCACGUCCCAUAGCUCCCAUUCCCACCCCCAACACACACACACACACACACACGUUCUUGCUACACCCAAAGCUCUGGCUAGCAGCCCUGAAUUCUUUCAUGCUGUUCGCAAUCUAUUCUGUCUACCAGCUCUUGGCUAAUUCUCCCAGGGUGUGAGGGACGCGGGGACCCAGCAGAGGGGAUUCUGGGUGGCGACCCCUGAGCAGGGCAGCCGUGUCCCAGCCAGUCCAUCAGUGCCCUGCUCCAUUUGGCUUCUUGUGUGUUACGAUGUGAGUGGGUGUUGGACAAGGACUGUGUGAGAUUUCCCUGCUGAAUUCAGAUUGGCCUUGAGAGGGAGGCAGAGUAUCCGGUUUGUGGCAGCUCCCGCACCCCACGGCAGUUUGGAAGAUUCCGUGUUUGUCCGGAUCCACCCAGCCUUCCUCUGGGAUGCCACCCUCCUUUGCUACAUUUCCUAGAGUCCCAGGCAUGCCAAAGAAAGGGCGGAGAGAAGGGAAGGGGGUGACGCCCCCUCGAUGGCAUCACUUUAGGUAGGAGGGUGGUCUCUGGCAGAAACAGAGGCUAAGACCCGCCCGAGCGCUCUAACUAUGUGACCUGGAAGAUUUAAUUUUACUGUGAGCAAAAUUAAAAACACACACAAAGAGAUGAGUAACCAUACAGGGAGGUG